AUGCCAGAUGAUAUGCGACGGGCAUUUGAAGGGUUUUGCCUGCUAUGUUCUACGAUGGGCGAACAGAUUCCCCUCGGAUUUGUCAUGGGUUUCUUUGUAGAUCUAAUAGUAGGACGUUGGUGGGAUCAGUUCGUUACCAUUCCCUGGCCUGACGAAAUAGUUAUGCUCCUAGCCGCGCACACCAACGGAAAUUCCAAGCGGCUGAAACAUCAGCUAAGGACAUUCGUGCGAUACAUUAACCUUUCCUUCUGUCUCGCCACUCGUGGAAUCUCCUCCAGGCUGCGGCGUCGGUUUCCCACCGAACAGCAGCUUCUCGCUUCAGCAUUAAUCACUCGUGAGGAGUUGAAAGUGUUACAGGAGAGCGCACCAUUCAGUAAACCUGCCUUCUACACAAUACCUCUAUUUUGGGCCGCAGAUCUGCUCACUCAAAUGCGCUAUGAGGGCAGCAUUAUAGGAGACCAGGCAGUAGCAACGAUUAAUUCUGAGUUACUGGACUUUCGGAGAGGUCUAGAAAAACUGAUCAUGUUUGACUGGAUAAACACCCCUCUCGCAUACACACAGGUUGCCACCGUAACCGUCCACAGUUACUUCAUCUCGUCGCUUUUCGCUUGGCAAUUCCUCGAUACGGACCAACACUAUGCCAACCAUUCCAUCGAUAUGUAUGUCCCCGUGUUUGGCAUGCUUCGUUUCCUCUUCUACAUGGGCUGGCUAAAGGUAUGUGCAUUUAGUAGGUAA